AUGGAGCUGGCGACGCGCGAUCUCGCGGCGCUCGGCGCGGCGGACCUGGUGCGGGUCUCCGCGGCGAUCCCGCGCGCCGCGCCGCGCACCUUCGCGCUGCUCACCGCCUGCCUCGUCUUCCCGCUCUCCUUCGCCGUGCUCGCGCACUCCCUCUUCACCCACCCCAUCCUCCGCCGCAUCCGGACCUCCGACUACACCGCCACCUCCGCGCAGUGGGUCGCCCUCUUCGCCUACCAGUUCCUCUACCUCAUCUUCCUCUUCACCUUCUCGCUCCUCUCCACCGCCGCCGCCGUCUUCACCGUCGCCUCCCUCUAUGCCGCCAAGCCGGCCUCCAUCGCCUCCUCGCUCUCCGCGCUGCCGCCCAUCCUGCCCCGCCUCCUCCGCACCUUCCUCUGGGUCUCGCUCCUCAUGCUCGCCUACCACGUCGGCUUCGUCAUCACCGUUGUCCUCCUCAUCCUCCUCUUCGACCCGCCCAUGACCGCCUCCACCCCGCCCCCCCUCUCUUUCCUCCUCGCCCUCCUCGCCGUCGCCUUCCUCUUCCUCGCCAUCCACGUCUACAUCUCCGCGCUCUGGCACCUCGCCAGCGUCAUCUCCGUGCUCGAGCCUCUCUGCGGCCUCGCCGCCAUGUCCAAGAGCAAGCAGCUCCUUCAGGGCCGCACUCGCACGGCCGCCGUCCUCGUUUUCUCCUACUUCGCCAUCUGCGGGCUCAUCACGGGGAUGUUCCGUUCGGCUGUCGUCAAAGCGCGGGGCGAGGAGGGGAGCCUCGACAUGAGCUUGGCCGGCCGGAUAGGCGUCGGCGCUCUGCUCGUCUCUGUUCUCGUCUGUGUCAAUCUCUUGGGGCUGCUCGCGCAGAGCGUCUUCUACUACGCCUGCAAGGCCUACCACAACCAGGAGAUCGACAGGACUGCGCUGUACGAGCACCUCGGCGGCUACCUUGGCGAGUACGUGCCGCUCAAGAGCAAUAUCCAGAUGGAGAACCUGUGA